UACUGCAAAGAGUUGUUGUUGCGCGCGGGCGGACGACGAGAAAAAAUUGUAAACGCGGAUGAAAACAACGGUUGAUUUUCACCCAACGCUCGUGAUUUUCGACCGCUUUUGAGUGUGGAAGCGAAAAAACCGCCUGUUUUUUAACUGCAUGAGUGCGUGCGAGUGUGUGUGUGUGCGUGCGUGUACGUGUUCGUAAUUUAGACGUGCUGCUCGCUGCGAUUUUCGUUGUUCUGUGUGGCCCCUGUAACUACAUGAAAAAUGUGGGCGAAACGUGUGCGAUAAAUAAGAGCCCGAGAUAGCGAAAGAAAGUGUCCAACUAUCGGUCUGCUACACCGGCACUGUCGAUGUCCGCCAGCUAGCCAAGUGCUGCAGAGACAUCCUACGAUCGAAACGAGCUAACGUUACAAUAGAACACCCCCUCCUUUUCCCCCCUCAAACAAUCGAAAAGCCGGCAAGACGACGUCCAAAAAGAAGCAGUCACAGCCGACGCGGCCGAAGACGAGCAUGUUCAAGUGCAUUCCCAUCUUCAAGGGCUGCAACCGGCAGGUGGAGUUCGUGGACAAGCGCCACUGCUCCCUGCCGCAGGUGCCCGAGGAGAUCCUGCGGUACUCCCGUACCCUGGAGGAGCUCUUCCUCGACGCCAACCACAUCCGGGACUUGCCCAAGAAUUUCUUCAGAUUGCAUCGCCUGAGAAAGCUGGGACUGAGUGACAAUGAAAUUGGCCGCCUGCCGCCGGAUAUACAAAACUUUGAAAAUCUCGUUGAGCUCGACGUUUCACGCAAUGAUAUACCCGACAUUCCCGACGAUAUCAAGCAUCUGCAGAGCCUGCAGGUGGCUGAUUUUAGUUCGAACCCGAUACCCAAGUUGCCUUCGGGCUUCUCCCAGCUAAAGAACCUGACCGUCCUGGGACUCAACGACAUGUCGCUCACCACAUUGCCAGCGGAUUUUGGCAGCCUGACUCAAUUGGAAUCCCUGGAGCUUCGCGAGAAUCUGCUCAAGCAUCUGCCCGAGACAAUAAGCCAGCUGACGAAGCUGAAGCGUCUGGAUCUGGGCGACAACGAGAUCGAGGAUCUGCCACCCUAUUUGGGUUAUCUGCCGGGUCUGCACGAGCUUUGGUUGGAUCACAAUCAGCUGCAGCGAUUGCCGCCGGAGCUGGGACUCCUGACCAAACUGACCUACCUCGAUGUCUCCGAAAAUCGACUGGAGGAGCUGCCCAACGAGAUCAGCGGUCUGGUCAGCCUGACGGACCUCGAUCUGGCCCAGAAUCUACUCGAGGCACUGCCCGAUGGCAUUGCCAAGCUGAGCAGACUGACUAUCCUGAAGUUGGAUCAGAAUCGAUUGCAGCGGUUGAACGAUACGCUAGGAAACUGCGAAAACAUGCAGGAGCUGAUUCUGACCGAGAACUUUCUCUCCGAGCUGCCCGCCUCCAUUGGCCAAAUGACCAAGUUGAACAAUCUGAACGUGGAUCGCAAUGCCCUGGAGUACCUGCCCCUGGAGAUUGGCCAGUGUGCCAAUCUGGGCGUGCUGAGUCUGCGGGACAACAAGCUGAAGAAGCUGCCGCCAGAGUUGGGCAACUGCACCGUGCUGCAUGUGCUCGAUGUGAGCGGCAAUCAGUUGCUGUAUCUGCCCUACUCGCUGGUCAAUUUGCAGCUGAAGGCCGUCUGGCUGUCGGAGAAUCAGUCGCAGCCGCUGCUCACCUUUCAACCGGACACGGAUGCGGAAACGGGCGAACAGGUGUUGUCUUGCUAUCUGCUGCCCCAGCAGGAAUACCAGCCAAUUACCCCAGCCCGUGACCUGGAAUCCGAUUCUGAGCCGUUCGAGGAGCGCGAACCGUCGCGCACCGUGGUCAAGUUCUCGGAGGAGGCCACCCAGGAGAAGGAGACGCCCUUCGUGCGCCAGAACACGCCGCAUCCCAAGGAUCUCAAGGCCAAGGCGCAGAAGCUGAAGGUGGAGCGCAGUCGAAACGAGGAGCAUGCCAAUCUGGUCACCCUUCCGGAGGAGAAUGGCACCAAGUUAGCUGAGACCCCAACCGAGACCCGAACCAUUGCAAACAAUCACCAACAGCAGCCACACCCAGUGCAGCAACCAAUCGUUGGUGUAAAUUCCAAGCAACCAGUGGUUGUGGGUGUAGUCACUCCAACUACGACGACAGUCGCCCCAACCGGCGUACAGGGUGGCUCAGAGGGAGCCAGCUCCACGGCCAACAAUGUAAAGGCAGCAACAGCAGCUGUGGUGGCUGAGUUAGCAGCCACUGUUGGUGGAAGUGAUGAGGUCCAGGAUGAUGACGAGCAGGAGGAUGAGUUUGAAUCCGAUCGCCGCGUGGGCUUUCAAGUGGAGGGCGAAGAUGAUGACUUUUACAAGAGGCCACCCAAAUUACACAGAAGGGAUACUCCGCAUCACCUGAAGAAUAAGCGUGUCCAGCAUUUAACCGACAAGCAGGCCAGUGAAAUCUUGGCAAAUGCCCUAGCCUCACAGGAGCGGAACGAUACCACACCGCAGCACUCGCUUUCCGGCAAAGUGACAUCACCAAUUGAGGAGGAGGAGCAGCUGGAGGUGGAACAGGAGCAGCAACAGCAACAGCAGCAGCAUCCCUUCGACUCCUCGCUCUCGCCCAUUUCGGCUGGCAAAACAGCAGAGGCUAGCACCGACCCAGACAACUUGGAUGGCGUUACGGAGCUGCGUUUGGAGCAGUACGAAAUCCACAUCGAGCGCACUGCAGCCGGAUUGGGUCUGAGUAUUGCCGGUGGCAAGGGCUCAACACCCUUUAAGGGUGACGAUGAUGGCAUCUUCAUAUCAAGGGUCACCGAGGCGGGACCCGCUGAUCUGGCUGGUCUUAAAGUGGGCGACAAAGUUAUCAAAGUCAACGGCAUUGUUGUCGUGGAUGCGGAUCACUACCAGGCGGUGCAGGUGUUAAAAGCCUGCGGUGCCGUACUUGUUUUGGUGGUACAGCGUGAGGUGACUCGCCUGAUUGGCCACCCCGUGUUUAGCGAGGAUGGUAGUGUGUCCCAAAUCUCGGUCGAGACGCGACCACUGGUGGCGGAUGCCCCUCCAGCUGCAUCCAUUAGCCACGAGCGUUACAUCCCGGCACCCAUUGAAAUUGUGCCCCAACAGCAGCAUCUACAGCAACAGCAACAGCAGCCCAUUCAGCAGGUGGCCCCAACGCAUAGCUAUUCGGGCAACGUGUUUGCCACACCCACUGCCGCACAAACGGUGCAGCCUGCUGUGUCUGCUGCGCCCAAUGGAUUGCUACUGAAUGGCAGGGAGGCGCCACUGAGCUACAUCCAGCUGCACACAACGCUCAUCCGCGAUCAGAUUGGCCAAGGACUGGGCUUCAGCAUUGCGGGCGGAAAGGGGUCGCCGCCGUUCAAGGACGACUGCGAUGGCAUUUUCAUAUCCCGCAUCACGGAGGGCGGACUAGCGUACCGCGAUGGGAAAAUUAUGGUGGGCGACCGGGUGAUGGCGAUUAACGGCAACGAUAUGACUGAAGCCCAUCAUGACGCAGCCGUCGCCUGUUUGACUGAACCGCAGCGAUUUGUGCGUUUGGUGUUGCAGCGCGAGUACAGAGGUCCACUGGAACCACCGACGAGUCCGCGAAGUCCGGCAGUGCUCAACUCUUUGAGCCCCUCUGGAUAUUUGGCCAACCGACCAGCUAAUUUCAGUCGAUCGGUGGUGGAAGUUGAGCAGCCGUACAAGUACAACACCCUGGCUACGACCACGCCCACACCGAAGCCCACUGUGCCAGCUAGUAUUAGCAACAAUAAUAACACUCUGCCCAGCAGCAAAACCAAUGGAUUUGCCACUGCUGCUGCUGCCACGAUAGACAGUUCCACGGGUCAACCGGUGCCCGCUCCCCGUCGUACCAACUCUGUUCCAAUGGGAGAUGGAGACAUUGGGGCGGGUUCCACCACCAGUGGGGAUUCUGGCGAGGCACAGCCCUCCUCGUUGCGACCGCUGACCAGCGAUGAUUUUCAGGCGAUGAUCCCGGCACACUUCCUCAGCGGCGGCAGUCAGCAUCAGGUGCAUGUGGCCCGGCCCAACGAGGUGGGCGUGAGUGCCGUCACGGUGAAUGUGAAUAAGCCUCAGCCGGAUCUGCCCAUGUUCCCGGCGGCACCUACCGAACUUGGCCGCGUCACCGAGACGAUCACCAAGUCCACGUUCACGGAGACGGUGAUGACGCGCAUCACCGACAAUCAGUUGGCGGAGCCGCUUAUCAGUGAGGAGGUUGUGCUGCCCAAGAACCAGGGCUCCCUGGGAUUCAGCAUCAUCGGCGGCACGGAUCAUUCCUGUGUGCCCUUCGGCACUCGAGAGCCUGGCAUAUUCAUAUCGCACAUUGUGCCCGGCGGGAUUGCCUCCAAGUGCGGCAAGCUGCGCAUGGGCGAUCGCAUAUUGAAAGUCAACGAGGCGGAUGUUUCCAAGGCCACACAUCAGGAUGCGGUUCUGGAGCUGUUGAAGCCAGGUGAUGAAAUUAAGCUGACCAUUCAACACGACCCAUUGCCGCCAGGAUUUCAGGAAGUGCUACUCAGCAAGGCGGAGGGCGAACGUUUGGGCAUGCACAUCAAGGGCGGCUUGAAUGGCCAGCGUGGUAAUCCCGCCGAUCCCUCCGACGAAGGCGUCUUCGUGUCCAAAAUUAACUCGGUCGGUGCGGCCAGACGGGACGGAAGGCUUAAGGUGGGCAUGCGUCUGCUCGAGGUUAAUGGACACUCGCUGCUGGGCGCCUCGCACCAGGAUGCGGUCAAUGUGCUGCGCAACGCUGGGAACGAGAUUCAAUUGGUCGUCUGCAAAGGCUACGACAAGUCCAAUUUAAUUCAUUCCAUUGGCCAGGCCGGCGGCAUGAGCACUGGCUUCAACUCGUCUGCAUCCUGCAGCGGUGGCAGUCGCCAAGGCUCGCGUGCAUCGGAAACGGGCUCGGAACUGAGCCAGAGUCAGAGUGUAUCCAGCUUGGACCACGAAGAGGAUGAGCGUCUGCGACAGGACUUCGAUGUCUUUGCCUCGCAGAAGCCAGAUGCACAACAGCCAACUGGCCCAUCUGUCCUGGCAGCUGCUGCUGCCAUGGUGCAUGGCGCCUCGUCGCCCACACCACCUGCUGCCACCUCCAAUAUAACUCCCUUACCCACAGCCGCGGCAGUAGCAUCUGCUGAUUUAACAGCACCGGACACGCCAGCAACCCAGACCGUGGCGCUCAUUCACGCAGAACAGCAGGCCCAUCAACAACAACAGCAGACGCAGCUGGCGCCUUUGGGUCAGGAGAAGAGUACCCAGGAGAAGGUGCUGGAAAUCGUACGCGCGGCUGAUGCCUUCACCACCGUGCCACCAAAGUCGCCAUCGGAACACCACGAGCAGGAUAAGAUACAGAAGACGACGACGGUUGUCAUAUCGAAGCAUACGCUCGACACGAACCCAACCACCCCCACAACGCCGGCGGCGCCUCUUUCCAUCGCUGGAGCAGAGUCAGCGAACUCGGCUGGUGCUCCUUCUCCAGCUGUUCCUGCAUCCACGCCCGGCUCAGCGCCAGUUCUUCCUGCCGUGGCCGUGCAGACACAGACGCAAACGACCUCCACGGAGAAGGAUGAAGAGGAGGAGUCGCAACUACAGUCAACACCUGCCAGCAGGGAUGGAGCAGAGGAGCAGCAGGAAGAGGUUAGAGCCAAACCCACUCCGACUAAAGUGCCUAAAUCGGUUUCCGAUAAAAAACGCUUCUUUGAGUCAGCCAUGGAGGAUCAACACAAGCCCACACAAAAGACAGACAAAGUUUUCUCAUUCCUGUCAAAGGAUGAAGUGGAAAAGCUGCGACAGGAGGAGGAGAGAAAAAUUGCAACAUUGCGCCGUGAUAAGAAUUCCAGAUUACUGGAUGCCGCCAACGACAACAUUGACAAGGAUGCCGCACAGCAGCGGACCAAGAGCAACAGCAACAGCAGCAGCGGCGACGAUAAUGACGACAGCGACCAAGAGGAGGGCAUCGCUCGCGGGGAUUCCGUUGACAACGCCGCUCUGGGGCAUUUCGAUGAUGCGGAGGACAUGAGAACCGCACAAAGUCUGGCGUCGACAAUGCCACAUGCCCCCAGCAAAAUACCCAAACAGAAGUUGAAAGCGAAACAGAUUGAGUCGUCUCUUCCUACUCCCACGGCACUUGAUCCGCCCAAGCCCUCGCUGCUGCCCAAGCCAAAGGUCAAGGUUGUCAUUCCACCAGCACUGCAACAGCGUCUUAAGCAGCAGCAGGUGCAGCAGCAGCAGCAACAACACCAACAAUCCCAGCCCGAAGAGCCCUCAAUUCCGGAGGAGGAAUAUCACCAGCAGCCGGAGCCGGAUUCGCCAUCCGCCGCAGGAGGCAGUCGCAUACCCGUAAGAACCCUAAAAGCCGAGCGCCGCGCCUUGACCUUGGCAGCCCGCCAAUCCGGACUUAGUGUAGAGGAGUAUCUGAAGCGACUGGAGACCCAGGAUGAUAAAGAGUCCCCGGCUUCGCCCACAACGCCCACUGGCAAAAGCCGUUCCAUGAUUAAUGCUGAGAAGCGCGCCUCCUGGCGGGCAGCUCGUCUUCGAUCACUGGAACAGGGUGCCGUGGAGGCACAAGAUGUGAUCAAGAAUAUGCGCAAGAUGACCGACGAUCUGAUCACCCACGAAUCCAGGGCCAGCGAGGUGGAGACCUGCAAGGAGCGAAUUAUAUCCUUGGAGCUGCAGGUGCCCGAAACGGAGGACGAGGGCAAGCUAGAUGACACGCAACCGCCGCUGGAACUCGAGGCGGAUGACUUCCAGGACGACGAAGAUGAUGACGACGACGAUGAUGAUGAAGAUGACUUCGAGGAUGAAGAUGAGGAGGAGGACACCGCCUCCAUUGUGACCGUGCAGGCGAACAAUGAGAAGCUAUUCCUGCGCCACGAUUCUGAUACCUAUGGUCCGUCGUCCAUUGAAAGUGUUGCAUCCGGCAAGGUGCGCAUCAAGCCCACGCCGUUGUCCCUUCACCAAACUCUGGCCAAGGAGACCACAAUUGUGGAGGUGCUGAAUCCCGUCAUCGGAGGCGAUGGCAGUGCCCGCACCAUUCACGUGAGCGGUGGCCUGCCCUUCGAUGAGGACGCUUUCGAGCAGGGCGCCGUGGCCGUGCUGCGCAGCGAAACUUUCGUCUUGCCAGGAGCCGCCGGCGGUGGUAGGUCUGAGUUGUCAUUAAACGCUAAAAUGAAAACCGUGCUCGAGGAGCUGCUGGAGAACGAGCGCGUCAAAUUGAAUUUGCAAAAGAGCCUCGAGGGUGAGGAGGGGGAGGACGACGACGAUGAGGAUGAGAAUGGUAGUGCUUAUGGCGACGCGCGGGACGAAGAGGAGAGCGCCUAUGGCGAUGCCAUUGACGAUGUAGUUGACUUUGGCAGCGCCACGGUCACGAGCCGCGCAGCUAAUGAUAAGGACGAUGUCAAGAACGGGAAUCAGCAGCUCCUCGAGGAGCUGAUUAAGGACAGCAACCGCAACACAAUCAUUGCUAAAUUGGCGGGCCAAUUGUCAGACGAUGAUGAGGAGGAUGACGACGAGGAGGAGAGCAGUGACUCUUCGGACGACGAUAGCGAUGACUCCGACGAAGAGGACAACGCACAGCAGCAGCUGAAUGUCACCUAUGUGCAGGGCGCUCAGGUAAUCGAGAAUCUUAAUACACUGGCCACGGGCGGAAAGCUACAAAAGUCGCAGACCUACACGGCCAUCAAGCAAGCAGAGGAGCCAAAGGAGGAGGACACGAAACUGGAGGAGGAUCCAUCCGCGGAGAAGCCUUGCGGAGCUGAUACCCUGGCCAAGCUGCAGGCCGAGCAACGCGCCCUGGCCGAGAUCUCAAAGCAGUUGCGCAAGUCUGUGGAGGAUUUGCUCAGCGCCGAUGGCGAGACGGUGGUGGAAACUCAGAGGACUUACACUUUGCCCGCUCCCAGCGAUAGUUCAGCGGUGGUCACGGUCACCGAGGUGGUCAAGAAGCAGAAGAAAAAGAAGAGCGAAACUGGGGAGGAGCUUUUCAAUCGCCUGCUAAACGCCGCAGAGUCGGAACGUCAGGUUUUCGACCGACAGCAGGGUGAGACCAUCACAACCACCACCACGACCACAGAGGCUGUGAGCUCGGAGGACAACGAGCCGAGUACCAGUGUGGUGACCACCACGCGGACUGUGUCCAAUAUUGUGACCAGCGGCAUUCCCAGGCCAGAAACCAGCAAGCAGAACAACCGCAGUAGCAGCAGCAGCAACAGCAACAGCAGCAAUAAUAACCGCAACAAGAACAAGCGAAAGGGCAAAAAGAAGUAGAGGAUAUCCGGCAGCAGCUGUAAGGAAAUGGGCUGAAGUGUUGAGGUUGCAUAUACGCCGUGUGGUGGGUAUGGGUUCGAGUAUGAGUAUGUGAUCCGAGUGAAUCCUUACACGCACAACCUUCCGCACAAACACUCACUACCCACCUACCCACACACACAGAAACACACAUAUCAGCGUGUUAGAGGGCUCGUUGUCAUCUCUCUAUAUUAGAACUACUAAUUGUAUACAUAUGUAUAUUAUGUAUUUACGAUAUUCGCAUAUGUAUUGAUAAUUUUAAUUAAUUGUGCAAAUAAUGUGUCCCCUGCAUUUACAAAAUCCCAUUUGUUACUAAUCAUCAAAGUGUACGCAUUAAAACAAAAUAUUUUCAUUGCAAAUUAAAAACAAAUCGAAUUGCCAAAUGAGAUAUUGCAAGAAUUUAACUGAAAAUUUAAUGUUGUGCAGCAACCGCAAAGAAACGACAACAACACAAAUCGCCACACUGAGCCCAUCAGAAUUAAUACGACAACAUCAUCGGACAAAAAAAAAAGGGAAACAAAAAUCUUAUUUAAUUGAAUUAAAUAAUUUCAUUUUGUUUGCAUUUACUAUCAUUUGCAUACUGCAUCUGGUUUUUCUCCCUCAUUGUGUUUUUCCAAAUGGGCCUUGCUUAUUUUCCACAAAUUAAAUUUACGUUUUAUGUUCUAGCACAAAAAGUAGGAGCAAUCCCAAAUCCGUGCCCAGCAGCCGGCCGAAGUAUCCACGAUGAUUCUUCACGAGAACCAUUUAUAAACUUUAAGCAUUCCCGACUGCCCGAGAUUUUCGGGCACACUGUUUUUAGUUUUAGUCAAUAAGCAAACUAAACCCGCAACUAAAUCAAACUAGAUUCGAAACGAAACAGCGAGAGCCGAGAACAUAAAUCAAAUAAUCGUAAAUAAUAAUAAUAAUAAUAGUUAGCAGUGUGUAAGAGCGUCCAGUUGUAAUCCGUAGUAUGUAACACAUGGCAUAAGCACAACUAUGACAAAUGUCCUAUGGCGAUUUCAGUUUCCACUUUUAUACAAAUGUAAAAAUAUUUACAAGCAAUUUUAUGUAAUACCUAUAUGAUAUUUAGUGUGUAAACUCGUCUUUUUAUGAAAACGAAAGCAAAUGCCGCAAAACGAAUGAAAAUAAACAAAUUGUAUGCAUUUUUAUUUGAAAAAC